GCAAAUUGUUUAGUGAAAACACCUUUAAAAACCUAACUGUCACGUCAGAUUACCGUCAAUGUCAAUUUGACAACGUCAAACAUCACUGCUUUGUUUUUUUUCUUCAGAAAGAAAACGUUUUGUUUUGAAAUGUUUAGAAGAUGUGUUUAGUACAAUAAAUAUUAAUCAUAUUGUUAGUAUUUUUCAUAAUUUUCUAUGUGAUUUUAACUAACCUUAUAGCACGUUCAAUUCUAACUCCUUUUUAAUAUAAUUUACAUUCUUGUUAUGUGAAAUGGAGCUAAGCAAGGUCUCAUUUGGUUUCUCCAAGAUUACAAAAAAGACCAACAUUAUAUCCAGCACUUUGAAGCAAGAAGAAAAAAAGGUUGAAUUAGUUGAAUGCUUAGAAGGACAAAAUAUCAAAGUCAAAGAUGCCAUUGAAGAAGUAAAGGGACCCCUGGUUAUCCCCUUAAAAGAUAAUGAAAAAAGUCUUCUGGAUAGAAUAAAAGCGUCAAAAAAGAAGUCAACAAAAAAUGAAGCUAAGCAAGAAGGACCUAAAGAUACUCGCCCUGAUUCUGAGCUAACACCAGAUGAGCUUGCUGCUAGACUGUUGAUAAAAGAUGCACAAGAGCGUUUAGCUAAUGGGCACAUAACAACCAACAGCAAAGUCUCGAUGCUCCCAGCAUCUACCGACCUACCAGACUUAGAAGGUGAGAAAGAACCCACUCUCGAAGACUAUGAAUCAGUACCUAUUAAUGACUUUGGUAUUGCACUUCUUAGGGGCAUGGGGUGGAAGGAGGGUAUGCCCAUUGGUAAAAAUGUUUCAAAGGCAGCCCCUCUUAGUGUACCAGAGUUAAGACCUAAGGGGUUGGGCCUUGGAGCAACCAAAGUUAUUCAAGACGAAAUGCCAAACAAGAAAGCCAAAGAUAAUGAUGGGAAUGAGUUAAUUUUGGUGAAAAAUGCCUUUGCUAAAGUUAUUGCUGGACAUCAUAAAGGGUUUUAUUGUCAGGUCCAAGGCUUUGAUGAAGAAGCAGGGCGGGUAAUAAUAAAAGUUUACCCCAAAGGAGAGAUAGUUAAUAUAAAUGAGCUCAUGUUAAUCCCAGUUACAAAGGAUGAGUUUUCAAAGGGAUCAAAAUUCAUAAAUAAUGCCAAAUAUGAAGAAUAUAAACAAAUUUCUGAUAAAAAAUUAGAGUCUUUUAAAGGGAAAAAGGAAAGAACUGAUUACAAUUCAGAUAAUGAGGAGGAUAGAGAAGAAAAAUCAAAGAAAUCUGAUAGAAAUAUAAAAAUAGAAGUAGAUGAUUCAGAUUCGGAUAACGUCACCCGCAGAAGAGGACAUCGAUCUUCCCAAAAACACAAUGACUCUUCCCCCGAAAGAGGAAAAUCAUCUAAAAGUAAUCGGAGAUCGAGGUCUAAAGAAAAAAAAUCAUCGCGAAAACAAAGAAGUCCUUCAAAUUCUUCAGAUGAUGACUACUAUCGCAAGAAAAAGAGCCACAAGCAUAAAAAGUCAGAAAAUAGGAAAAAGUAUAGGAGUAGAAGUAAGUCAAGGGACAAAAGUUCAAAAAAUAGGAAGAAUAGAGCAAACUCUAGUGAUAGUGACCAUUAUCACGAGAAAUCUAAAAGUAAGAAAAGUGCAUCAAAAAGCAAACAUAGAAGUAGGAGUAGGGAAACAGAAAGGUACACUAGUAAGAGGAGAUAAUUAUAUAUUUAUCGUUCACUCAUAUUUAUUAAAUUCUAAGGCGAAAAUUAUGUAGCCAUUUUGUUGUCUAGUCAAUAAGUCAUUUAACUUUCUUUUACGGCUUAAUUGACGUUUACGUAACAACUUACUAUCCAUCAUAUUUUCUCCUGUGACUUAAUUAUUUAUUUAAUGUUAAACUUGUCAAAAUCAAAAAUUAACUUGUCAUCUACUGACUGUUCACAAAAAGUCUGAUAUUACAAAUGGUCCAUGACUUACACGUAAUAUGAAAUUAAUCCAGAGUAAACUUUUUUUCAGAACAGAAACAGGUUUUAAAAAGUUUUGAAGAAAUAAUGGUUAUAAUUUUCUUGUUUUAAAUGUGGCAUCCAGAAUAUGUUUAUUUAUGCAGAGUAGUUUCAAUAUUUUAAUUAUGCUUGCCUUAGCUUAUUUGAAAUGUCAUUAUUCAAUAUGCCUCCUUUAUUUUCUAAUUUUUAUGUUUAUUUCAUUUUCGGUAAAUGUGGAGUAAUAGGACAAAAAAAUUAGCUGACACUUUAAUAACUGAAAUUCUUCCGAAAAGGCAUUUUUAUAGUACAACAUAUUUUCUCCCCUCUUAAGGGACAAAUGCACCAGAUUCUGCAAGUGAAUCACUUAUUUGUGACAGGAUAUGUCACAAGGUGUUUUGAGAAAAUUGAUAAAUAUUGUUUAUAUGUCAACUUAAUUAAAAAUUUAUUUUUUUUGGGGCAUAAUAAAAAUUUGUAUCCUGUGUAAUAAUUAUGCUUAUAUAUAUUUAAAUUUUUUUAACAGAUAUAGAUUUUUUUAUAAUCUUAAUAAUCUGGCUUAGAUCCUCUAACGAAUUACUUUAAAAAAUAUAACUAGGUCAUUUAUUUUGUAAAUUAUAUUAAUAAAUUAAUGAUAAAAAAACGUAAUUUUAUUCAGAUAAUUUAUUUUCAAAGACUUAUAACUAAACAUAUUAAUAUUUUUUAGGAGAAAAAAAACAACAAGAAAAAAAACAACACCUUUUAGUUUUUUAUGACAUACUAUUUUUUCUGCUCAGUUUCUCUCUAUUUUCUCAUAAAAUUUCACACACAACAUUUUCAGGAAUAUAACCAGUUACUUUUCGGAUAUCACUCAUUUUCUUAAUGUUAAUUGAAAUUUUUUCCCCAGGAUAAGCCCUUUAGUCGCCCUUUAUUCGGUAGUUAAACAAUUCCUACAUCAAGAAUUUUUAGCAAAAAAGAACUCCUUUGUACCCCAUCAAUACAUUUCAAAGAUUCAGCAGUUCCUUUUCUUUCAUGAUUGUAAUGAAACUCCAUAAAAGUUGAAACUGCGAAUGACUCUUUUUUUUGAUCGUGGAAUAGAACUAGCACUAUUUUCCUAGGAAAAGUAUAUUUUUUAUAGUACUUCAACCCCCAGUUUUUAAAUUGAAAACCGUUUCUACAGUAAAUUUACGCGCAUAAUGGCGACGGACAUGCAGAUGUCGUUAUCGGUGCGAGCCUCUGUAAAUUUAUGAAAUGAUUCAAGUCACUGACUUAUACUCUUUCAAAAAUAAAAUAUAAUAUUCUGGUGGCUGUUUAGAUACUACCAGCAGUAGUAACUUAAUAUAUAUGACUAUAAUAAUCAAUAUAUGACUGUAAUAAUCAAUCCUGAUUUUCGUCAAGUACUUAGACCCUUUCAUAAAUAAACAAUUCAAGUAAGGCUUGGGAACAUUUAAGCAGUAUAUUUACAAUACUUUAUAUUUAGCAGAAUUUUGUAGCUACUUGGAACAAAAAUCUAUCCAUUCAAAAAAGUUGAAAAAAGAUGUUCAUGUUUUUCACAUAGACUUGGAUGAAUUUGCUCUCUCUACAGACUAUUUAAAGCCUUUAAAAUAAAAAACUUUACUGUGCCUUUUCAAUGAUUGCUCUACCUCAUAUUUUAUCUCGAAAUUCUUGAGUCCAGUCUCGGUAGAGUUUACAAUGUAAAAAAAAAACAAAAAAGGCUCAAUUUUUUGUUUUACGUCGGACAAUUAUCAAGCCGCAUUAUAGUAUUAAGCAUGUCUGUUAUAUAAAUGAAAUUCUAAAAAAGUUGAAAUGAAAUCUUCCUUAUUUCGACUCGCAACCCCUUCGUGCCAUAUGAUUGCCACCGUAUGGUAUAAAUAACCCUGGGGAUGAAGACAACUUCCUUGAAGAUAUCGUCUUACGGCAGCAGACAUCAUUAUUAUCCAUUUUGUUAUUUAACCCAGAUAUGCCUGAAUUGUUUUUCUCAACAUUUCUGCUUUAAUGCUAAUCUAGAAAAACACAUUUUGUUUAUUUUUUUUUUAAUUUUCAAUCUUUCUUUCAGGGUGUCAUCAUAUAGGUUGUAGUUCUUAUAUAAAAAAUCUAAAUACUAGUUUUAAAGUAACUGAUAAGCAAACAAAUUUUCAGACCUAUGAUAGCUCACAAAACACUCCACAAGCCACGUGACAUUUUUUCUGAACUUUUUUGUGACAUAUUCGGCAUCGAGUUUGUUUGGGCUGCGGUACAAGAAAGUGAUCUUGGUUAUUUAAUCUUGAUUCAACGUUUUCCAACGCAAAAGGUCUUUCCCUUUUUUUUGCACAUCAAUUGGUUUCCAAGAGCGUCAGAACAAUUUGUCGUCUAGUCGUUAGAUGAUCAAGUGAACUUCCUUGUCUAUGGAGUUGCCAUGCGUUCUGUUCGCAAUGUGUCGAGACCAUAUGCAAUUGGACAAAAAUACCAUUUUUUUACCCCUUACAGACGUUUUCUAGAGGCUUACAGUCUGGUCGCAACGAUCAACUCCUCCCAUGAACUUAUUAUAAAUAUAUAACGGGUGUGGCUGAUCUACAGUGAUCCUUUUUUUUAUCUUUUUGGGAAAACCGUGAUACUAUAUAAUGGCUUCACCGAUAAAGUAUUGGAACCAACAGUUACUGCAUUCAUAUUCAAAAUCAUAUUCUCCUCUCUUCUUUUUCUUUUUCUCGUUUUUUGACAAUAUUGGACACUUUGACAUCCUGUUUUCUCGGAUGGUUCCUGUAGCUCUUAUUUUGUUCUUUUGUAGUUGAAUCAAGAGUGGGACCGUUUCAAAAAAUUAUCAACAAAUAUAUGGUAGAAAAACUUCCAAGCCUCUUAAGUAUGUCGGCAUAUUCUAGAAUAACGGAUGAACGUAAACCAAAUGAUUUGUAUUGUUCUUUUAGCUUUGUUUUCGCCCCUUGAUUGAAGGCCCAAUCCACACACAGUAGCCGCUACUUAUAGCACCCAUCCAUACCUUGUAACCAUAACGAAUUGGUUUAUUUUUGAUGAAGUGCUUACAUCCAUGUUUCCCAAAAUAGGGAACGAUGGAUUUAUCAACACUGUGAAUCUCAGAAUAAGACGCGAAUCUCUGGAAGUUUUUAUUCAGUCUAUCAAAAAACGGCCUAAGUUUGGCAUACUUGACAUGAUGAACUCAAACCUAUCUCUAGCUAAUGCAUUUGCUACUACCUCGUUCCUUGUAUCGCCACUUUUUUCCAAAAACAUACACCUCCUUGGAAGAGGCACAUAUCCAUUUAGCAACAAUACUCCGAAAAAUGCUUUCAUUUCAGAGCGAGUUAUUUCCAGGUUUAUUUUUCUUUGCACCAUACAUAUUACUGUAAACAAACAUAUUUUUGAUAGCUUCAUCAAACAUUUGAAAAAAUAGUUCUGUUGAAGAAAAAUUUGCAUUUGCCUCUUGCAUUGGUUGCCACUCUAAUGCAGAUGGUUGCAGAUCUCUUUUUCCCAUACAUAUUCUUUCCUAGAAGAUGUUUAUAAAAGGCUAAGCGGUAUGUUGUCUUCUUCAUUCCACAAGUCAGCAUCAUUCUCAUCUUCAUUUUCGUUAUUUCGAGCCAAUUUAGUUUCCGCUCUUAGUUGGGUACCAGGUAAGUUACUUACAGUCAUAAAUUCCUUAUUCCCCUAGUCUUCAUCCGUUAGAUCAUUGUAACAGUUGGUAAGUGGCAUAAGGGCAAUUUGCAAGUCAUUUCUACUGGAUGUAUCGUCUUCCUUCAAGUUCUGUAGUAAGUCGUGUAGCGUCAGACCGCUGAAACCAAAAAGUCAUUAUUUGCAUGGUGAUAUGUCGAUUGCUCUUAAAAAAGGACAGUGCUAGAAAAAACGUACUAGCCUCCUUCUGCAAAUAUAACUUCAAAAUAUUAGUACAUGAUAGAUACGUCUGUUUUGUAAACAUUUCAUCUAUAAAACUCCAAAACUCUACUUAUAGAACCGAAAAAUACUUACCCCGUUAGUCGAAGGUCAAUGGGAUAAUCAAUUUUUUAUUUAUGACACUUUCUAAAACUACGAAAAACACAGUACAACACACGCAAUUCUAAUAACUUAUAAACCUUCAACCACAUGUUCUGCGAUGAAAUACGAAGUGCCAUCUCAUUUAAAUAAGCGGAACUAUGAAAAUAAAAUUAUUGUAAGUGGCUGUAACAGGUGUCUUCAUUUAAGGACAAUAGGCAUAUCUGGGUUAAAGGUAUUACAAAUUUUAAUGUGCUAUUUUUGUUAAAACACAUGCUUUAAUAAUUUUAAUAACCAAACAUUUAGCGCUCACUGUGAGUAAAAUGAGAAUGUAAGUAAAAUUCUGUGUCGCGUGGAUAAGACGACUUUUGGAAUGAUAUACAUCGCCUAUAUAGUAAGUUUUGAUUUUUCCUAUGCUUUUAUUAUAGACUAAGGCAUAACAGUUUGAGCAUGAUUUGGUUUUUUUAAUGUAUCAUUUUCUUUAAACAAAGGAAGUUUUUGGAAUCAAACCCCUCAGAUAAUCUAUGUCUCUGCCUAAAAGAAAUAAAUCACCUGGCCGACCAUUUUUAAAUCUAGUACAUGAAUUAUCUUGCUUUAUGUAUAGUUUAAUCAUAUCAAAAACUUCUUUGCGGCUAAGCCAAAACUCAUUAUUUUCUGUAAAAUCUGCAAUUUCCUGUUCUUCACUGACAGAUAAGAUGAAACACCUCCUACUUUGCCAUUUCCAGAAGUCUUUCCUUUGCCCCUUGUGCCUAAUAAGUAAUGCUUUAGAAUUAAUCUUGAAAAGUGAUAAAAAGCAGCGCCACCUUGUGUACUUUUAUUUUAAUCAAAUGCCUUUUCCAAGUACUCUUUGGUGUACGUAGAACCUUUCUGCGUCUUUCACGUCCAACAUACGGUUACACCAUUGCUUAAAAAAAACUAUUAUAAACUCCUAUAGUAAUGUCAUAAUGCGGAAAAUAUAUUAUACUACCAGGUAAUUUUUGUCGCUAAUAUAUGCAGCGCGAUGCUUAUAGAUUAAGUGAAGCAGAAUUUUCGCCAGCUUUUAAAUUGCAGAUAUGUUAAUUUGUUAUAAUUGUAAUAGGUUUAAUUUGGUUAAGAUUCUUGCCUAAUGAGGACAGCACUUACAAGAAAAAACAAUUUAGCAAAUUGUACUUGCCACAAAAGGUGUCAACGUCAAAAUAAUUUUACAAUGUAGCUUUUCGGCAAGUUUAACAUUAAGAAGAAAAAAUAAAUAAUCUUAAAAGUAGGUUAAUAAUUAGUCUAUCUUGUCGAAAAUUAAUGGAUUUAAAAAAACUUGCAUCUCGAAAACAGGGUACAAUUAAAAAAACACUUCAUUUUCAUAUUAGAAUUUAAUUAGUAUCCCAUUGUAACAUUGAGAGACCUUGUAUAUUAGGGGCGCAUAAUUUAAUGACUUAAUUUGUUCUGAUAAUUGUAAGUACUAUAAUAUUUAAAACUUUAUUGUAAGUCUUAUGGAUUAAUAAUUAUAUUUAUAUAUAUUAUUGUUACACAACAUAUUUUGAUUUGAAACUCAAAUACACCUGAACAUUUGUAAAUUCUAAAUAUACUAUGAGUUAAAGCUAAUAAGAAUUUUCAUUUGGGUAAGAAUUAGAUUUAAAGUCUUUAAGUAAACUGUAAGUAUUACCCAGAUAUUUUGAACUUAG